GGGCUCUUUUUAGCGCCGAUCUAUCACUGCAAAGCUCACAUCAAAGGUUGUUGCAGGGACGCAGCUGAACAGCAUCACCACUGUCCCAAAGACAACCCCAAAGAGGGGCCUCGAAGUUGCUGGCUGGAUUUGGCCAAGUGCAGGAAUGAUUUUUGCUAGGGCACGGAUGGAGAAGAGCCAAAGGCCUCUUUUGGUCACUUCCGAAGAGCAAAAACGUGUUGAGAGGAGGCCGGUUUAAGAUUUCAAACAGAACCUCCCCAGCGCGCAUGAAAGGACUUGAUUAGCAUAUGUCAAGAGGACCCGCUUAUAUACUCGGUGUGUAUGUACACAGGACUCUGAUCUGAUCAGUUUGCGGAGUUGGAGCCCCAGCCCCCAGCCCCAGUCCUAGUAUUGGCAGCGGCAGCUAUAGAUAUUUCGGCAGAGCCAGCAGCCUGCUCCCACCUACCCAAGGAGAGAAGAUCGCUCCAAGACAGGGAGAGCUUCCCUGCCAUUUCAGUGCAAAGUCUCUCCAGCGACCUCAGAGGAGUCACCGGGCCUUAACUUUUUGAGCUCGUUUUGCUAUAAUUUUUCUCUAUCCACCUCCAUCCCACCCCCGCAACACUCUUUAUUGGGGGGGGUCUUUUGUGUUCCGGAUCUCCCCCUACAUGGCUCCCUUAGCCGAAGUCGGGAGCUUUCUGGGCGGCUUGGAGGGCUUGGGCCAGCAGGUGGGCUCGCAUUUCCUGUUGCCUCUUGCUGGGGAGCAGCCGCCCCUGCUGAGCGAGCGCAAGAGCGCAGCGGAGCGGAGCACCCGCGGCGGGCAGGGGGCAGCGGAGCUGGCGCACCUGCACGGCAUCCUGCGCCGCCGGCAGCUCUACUGCCGCACCGGCUUCCACCUGCAGAUCCUGCCCGACGGCAGCGUGCAGGGCACCCGGCGGGACCACAGCCUCUUCGGUAUUUUGGAAUUCAUCAGUGUGGCAGUGGGACUGGUCAGCAUUAGAGGUGUGGACAGUGGUCUCUAUCUUGGAAUGAAUGACAAAGGAGAACUCUAUGGAUCAGAGAAACUUACUUCCGAAUGCAUCUUCAGGGAACAAUUUGAAGAGAACUGGUACAACACCUAUUCAUCCAACAUAUAUAAACAUGGAGACACUGGCCGCAGGUAUUUUGUGGCACUUAACAAAGACGGAACUCCUAGAGAUGGUGCCAGGUCCAAAAGACAUCAGAAGUUUACACAUUUCCUACCUAGACCAGUGGAUCCAGAAAGAGUUCCAGAAUUGUACAAGGACCUACUGAUGUACACUUGAAGUGUGUUAGUGACUUUAUGAAAGAGUCAAACCACAGCUAUUCUUUCUUAUCACAGUUCCCAUCAUAAAUAAUAACCCAAGAAGACAUUCAGAAUAUUAGAGUCUAUUUUCUACUGGGAGACUGAAUUUGGAAAGAAUAUUGAGAAAAAACAUUUUGACCAGAAAUAGAUGAUGAUCACUCUUUAUAGAUGGAUUAAGUUCCCUUAGAUACAUGGGCUCAGUCCUUACCAGUAGACUGAAGCCAAUAAUCUGUCAAGUGUGGGUAAUGGGAACCCCCACAUGGUUGCUGCUGGUGCCUCACCUCUCUGGAUUAUGUUUACUUUAAGAUUUAUGUUAAAAAUAGAGACUUCAUGUGGAAGAAAUGGAUUGACUUAGUUAGCCAAGACCAUCACUACAUAUAUUCUGAGGACCUAGUAGAAUUCACAGGUUAUGGCAUUAUAUGUUAAAGCUAAACAAAACAAAACCUGAGUGAAACUAUGAACUAUGAAACAUGCCACACCAAGACAGAACAUUUUUUAAAAGAAUGGACCUAUUUAUACAUUUUCAAUUGGAAAAUAUUUAUUAUAUAUUUAUUUAUUAAAGAGUUUAUUUUUUACUGGGAUAUGAAGAUAAUACAAAGAGUAAAAAACAACAAACGUUU